UGUUCCCGACCCACGAAAGCCAUGCCACAAGAGUACUCGAGCCCACCAUUUACAAACAAAACAACUCUAUAAAACAGAGAGAGAUGGCACUGAAAAUCAAACAAGAAAACAAAGUCACAGAAAGAAAGAUAUCAUUACAGAGUGAGAAGGAUGAAGGGAAGGAAGAGUAAUCACACAUUGUUGAGAGGAGGGAGGAGAGAGGGCAGCUACAGCCAUGGUUUCUCUUUGGCUCAGAUCCAAUCACUGGCUGCCAUCUGUGAGGCUCUUAUCCCUCCGCUGCAGCCACGGGACUUCAACCCACCUCCUGACCACUCCCUCCAUUCCUUCUACAAAGCUUCUGGGUCUCAGCCUCCAAUCCCUGAUGAGGUGGCAGAGAUAAUUGUGAAGAGGUGUAUACCAGAUGCUGUGUUCCUAGUGAGCUUCGUUCUGAAGAUGCUGUCAUUCAGAUUGGGAACUCUAUUGCUUUGUGGGUAUCUGUGCUUUGAUAGGAAAUGGCCAUUUAUUCUUAACUUCUCCGAAAUUUCUUUGCAAAAGAGAGAAGAAAUUCUCAAGAAAUGGUCAAGAGCAAGGCGUCUGGUACCCUUAAGGCUCGUGUUUGUGGCUAUUAAAAUGUUCUGCUUCUUUAACUACUUCUCAAGGAUUGAUGAAAAUACUGAGAGUUCAAUAUGGGAAGCAAUCGGGUACCAUGUUGACACCAGGGAAAAAUUGACGAAACCACAUGAAGAGAGGCCACUCCAGAAGGGAGUGAUAGAAACUAUGUAUGAAAGUGACUCUACAAUUGUCCAAUCUCUCACCCAGAAAGGCCUUGAAGUCACUGAAGAUUCAGAGCAAAGCGUAUACAAGAUCAAAUGUGACGUUGUUGUUGUUGGUUCUGGUAGUGGUGGUGGGGUUGCAGCUGCAGUGCUUGCAAGCUCUGGCCAAAAAGUAAUCAUCCUUGAGAAGGGAAACUAUUUUGUGCCCGCAGACUAUUCUUCUUUGGAAGGGCCUUCCCUGAAUGAGCUAUAUGAAUCAGGUGGACUUUUGUCAACUAUCGACGGGAAAGCUAUGAUCAUGGCCGGCUCAACCGUGGGUGGAGGUUCUGCUAUAAACUGGUCUGUAUCUAUCAAAACACCGGAUUCAGUUCUUCGAGAGUGGUCUGUUAAUCAUAGGAUCCCACUUUACGCGAGCUCUGGCUAUCAAUCUGCCAUGGAUGUUGUUUGCAAGAGGAUUGGUGUCACAGAUAAGUGUAUGGAAGAAAGCUUUCAGAAUCAAGCACUCCGUAAAGGGUGUGAGAAUCUUGGUUUGAAAGUUGAGACAGUUACGAGAAAUUCCUCAGCAAAUCAUUACUGUGGUUCUUGCGGUUAUGGUUGCAGAACAGGAGAUAAGAAAGGCACUGAUUCAACUUGGCUAGUCGAUGCUGUGAACUGUGGUGCAGUGAUCCUGACAGGAAGUAAAGCUGAGAAACUCAUACUGGAAAAUGAAAAGAAUGGAAGGAUGAGAAAGAGAUGUCUGGGAGUGAUUGCAACAACUUUGAGUGAGACUGUCACAAAGAAGCUGCAAAUUGAGGCUAGAGUAACAGUUUGUGCAUGUGGGUCUCUCUUGACUCCCCCUCUAAUGAUCUCUAGUGGCAUGGAAAAUCCAAACAUUGGCAGAAACCUCCACCUCCACCCUGUUCAGCUGGUUUGGGGAUAUUUCCCAGAAAAUAUAUCUAAUCUUAAAGGCAAAAUGUAUGAGGGAGGAAUCAUUACUUCGCUCCAUAAGGUGGUUUCAGAAGAUUCUAAUGCCCGGGCUAUUAUAGAAGCUACUUCACUAGGACCUGCCUCGUUUAGCGGAUUACAUCCAUGGGUUUCGGGGCUCGACAUGAAGGAAAGGAUGGUGAAGUAUGCCAGAACUGCUAACAUUUUUGCAUUGGUAAGAGAUCAAGGUUCAGGAGAGGUGAAGGCAGAGGGUAAGAUUAAGUAUCGAUUAAGUGGUACAGAUAAAGAAAAUCUUCAAGCUGGGAUGAGGCAGGCUUUGAGGAUUUUGGUUGCUGCUGGAGCAGUUGAAGUGGGUACUUAUAGGAGUGAUGGCCAAAGAAUUGAUUGUAAAGGGAUAAAGGAGAAGGAUUUGGAGGAAUUCUUGGACACAGUGACAGCAGUUGGAGGACCAGGUUCAAGGGGAGAACACUGGACCGUAUAUUGUUCUGCACAUCAAAUGGGAAGUUGUAGAAUGGGUGCCACAGAGGAGGAAGGUGCAGUUGAUGAGAAUGGUGAAAGUUGGGAAGCAAAAGGGUUAUUUGUAUGUGAUGGAAGCAUUCUACCUAGUGCAAUUGGGGUCAAUCCCAUGAUUACCAUUCAGUCCACUGCUUAUUGCAUUUCCAAGAGGAUCGCAGAGUCCUUGAAAAAACAAUUGUUCUGAUCAAGAAGGAUUUGGCUCAAGUGCAGCAUAUGUGCUGUAGGAUAACUGCUUGUCUCUCAUUCUUUAUUUUGAUUUUACUAUAGCAUGAUGAUCUUAAAUAAGAUUGUGUAAUGAUAAAACAAAAUAAUUGAUUGUGUAAUGAGAGAACCUCAAUAAAUUAUCUUCUUCCUUCCCUUUCA